AUCAAGUAUAUGAGUAUGAGCGAAACUAAGGAUAAGAUUGUCCUUCAUUGGCUCCAGCACUCACGUGCUACCAGAAUUCUCUGGCUUUUAGAAGAAUUGAAACUUCCAUAUGAAAUUAAGGUUUAUAAAAGAGAUCUGCAAUACCGUGCACCACAGGAACUUAAGAAGAUCCACCCACUAGGAAGAUCUCCUCUAGUUGAAAUCAUCCCAGAAGGGACGUCCAAACCCGUAGUGUUGGCCGAAACUGGAUACAUAAUUCAAUAUUUGCUUGAUCACUAUAAUCCUUCUGGGGAAUUGGUACCAUCCUCGCCAGAAAAUCGUGAGUUGGUCAAAUAUUAUUUGAACUACACCGAGGGAACUCUUCAAUCUCUCUUGGUAUCUCUUUUGGUAAACUCAAAGGCCAAAUCCAGUGCACCAUUUGGAUUUGGAUUUUUAAUGAAUAAAUUGGUUGGUGGGAUAAAUCAAGCCUAUUAUUUGCCUGAGUUACUCUCCAAUCUUUCGUUUUUGGAUGCUCAAUUGGCCAAACAAAGUGGUGGAUAUUUUGCUGGAGAUAGACUCUCUGCAGCAGAUAUCAUUCUUUCAUUCCCAUUGUAUGAGAAUACAUUUGCCAACCCGGAGAGGGCCCUGCAAACACUUGGACAGAGUAUUAAUCUUGUUGAGAAGUUCCCCCACAUCCAUAAAUGGUCUGAGAAGAUCAAGGAUGAACCAGGGUAUAUCAAGGCUGGGAAGAUUCUUGAAUCGAAGCUUUAA